AUGUCUUCCGUUAGAAAAAUAGCUGCAUAUUUGGAGAGAAAGGAGGAUUUAUCCCAAGAAUAUAACAGUUUGAAAGAAGUGUUUAAAGAUGAACCAGAUUAUGAAGGAUUGGCAAAUGUGUUCGAAAUUUUGAAGUUUUUAGAUCAAUUGAUCUAUGAGUAUCAUGUCCAUAAAUCUUACCUUCAAUGCACUAAGGGGCCAAUUAAUGAUUUUGAGCGAAAAUUAUUGGCCGAAAUGGAAAAAACUAUUAAACAGUUGGAGGACGAUGUUAGUUUACCAUAUUUAAUAGAAAAUGCUCAGAAUUUGGCGUUGAUUAGAAGAGAGCUAUUUGAAAAUGCACAUGAAGGAGGACGACUAAUUCAUGCUUACGAAUUACAAAAUCCAUCUUCUAAGAUGAUGAUUAGAUCAAGUCAACCACUGCGUCCAUUCACCACUUUACUGGAUCAGUUACAUUCCAGCAAACUGACCCCAUCUCACUCUAAGUCUCCUUUACAAUUGUCUAGUAAUGUACUGGAACACCAUGCGUUGAUACAAAGUCCCAAGGAGAUGCGGAACUUGGCUAGAGCCAUGACAUGGUCCAAACGAUGCACUGACAUUGUUUUCGAAGCAGGAAAACUCGACGCAAAUCUAACACAAAAGUAUCAGUACAUCAGUUCACAUAUUGAAGACGAAUUUGGAUAUCAAUUUUGCAGAGACUUUAGUCGUUAUUUGUAUCUACAUUAUAUUGAAGGCGACGCUGCAAAGUUUCGAGAAGAUUUUGACAAAGCGUAUAUCAAAUAUCUUGAUUUCAGUACACAAAAAGUAAGCGAAUUGAUAGAAAAAGAUCUCAAAAUAAACAGAAAGGUCUGUAGAUAUGGAAUCUGGUUACGUGAGAUAUUUCAAAGAACUUACGGUAAAAUAACGGAGCCACCCGAAAACUUUUUGUAUACAGAUCACUAA